AUGGGAUGCUGUGGAGACUGCUGUGUACCACCAAAAGAAUCUAGGGAGCCAAUACGAUAUGAGCCGGAUUUCAACGGCCCCACCCGUAACCGCUCCUGCACAGACAUCUUGUGGUUGAUUAUAUUCAUCCUGUUUCUGGGAUUAUGGGGAUAUGUCGGAUUUUACAGCAUGACAAAGGGCAAUGUCGAAAAACUCCUAGCACCUAUCGACUCCAAAGGACAAAGGUGUGGGUUGGACUCCGGCCUUGAGGAUAAAAAGUACUUGAUGUUCUUCGACCUCACGCGAUGUUUGUCGCCAGGGACCCCGAUUACCGGCUGCCCCACUCAGCAAGUAUGCGUCCGAAAGUGCCCGGAACAGACGAUAAUAUUUCACACCAAAAUAAACGACGCGUCGACCUUCGAACAAGUGAGGUCCAACAUGGUCUGUACUGAUGACGUGAACGUACAAACCAUUACCUACACGCAAGCCCUGCAAUUCAUAAAGGACGGGAAAUGCGCCGGUUACGUAUUAAGAAGUCAACCAGUGUUGUAUCGCUGCAUCGGCGACCUGUCCGCGAUGCAAUGCAAAGACACCGCGACGGGGUCCAAAUGGACGGACCAGAGCGCGGGCGAGACCUGCGUCCGGAACCCGAGGGAGGCGCAGAGGUCGUUGCUGAACAGCGCGACCGCCCUCGAUUCUUACGUGGGCUGGAUCGCAGCCAGCUGGGUGACCUUCUUCAAGGGCGACGAGCGGGAGUUACAUGUUGUAGUGAUGGGACGGUGCUUCCCCUUCGUCUCGGAGGCGAUGGACGUGUUGCGCGAGAUCAACGGCAACUUGGCAAGUCUGGACGAAAACCAGGUGCUGGAACAACUCGGCAAAUUGAUACAGUUCGAUCAGUUAUCGUCACAAAUAGUCCAAGAUCUGGUGCAGUCGCGAUGGUAUAUGGCGGGCGCCGUGGUUGCUGUUGUCGUAAUCUGCUUUAUAUACAUCCUUCUUCUGAGAUGGUUGGUCGCUCCUGUCGUCUGGCUCUCCAUAGCUGGCUUACACGUUCUAAUUGGUUUUUCCAUUUAUCUAUCCUACAAGAAUUACGUAUAUUAUCGCGACAACCCCGUGACAUUGAUCCAGACAACUAAUCUGAAAGGCUAUGCACAAUCCAUGUUCACGAAGCAGGAGACGUGGAUGGCGCUCCUAGUUGUACUGGCCAUCAUUUUGGCAAUACUCCUCAUCAUAGUAAUAUUUCUAAGGAGUAGGAUUACGAUUGCCAUAGCGUUGAUACGUGAAGGUAGCAGAGCAGUGGUAGCAAUCAAGUCGACAGUAUUGUUCCCGAUAUUCCCGUGGGUCAUCCAGUGUGCGGUGAUCGCUUACGGAGUGUUGGUGCUCAUGUACUUGCUCUCUAUAGGAGAUUCGGCCUUCAGAGUUGUGAAUCUAAGGAACGACACCAACUGUAACUGCGGCGGCGUCUAUACCGAAGAUUACGUCGGCUGUGAACCCUCCACUUUUACCAUGAAAUGCCACGACACGAGUCCAGGUGCCGGCUACCAGCAGCCUUGUCAGGUUGCAUCCUGCCAUUUCAUUGGAAUUGAUAACCCUCAUAUUGUUCUGUAUAUGCAUCUUGUGAAUCUCUUGGGUUUUUUCUGGACGAUGUUCUUUAUUAGUGGCAUAGCAGACAUGAUGCUUGCAAGUACUUUCUCCACUUGGUACUGGACAGCGCAUAAGAGCGAUUUACCAUUCUUUACCCUCACAUCUGGAAUCUACAGGACAUUGCGCUACCAUCUCGGGACUGUGGCUUUGGGGGCGUUAAUAAUAGCCAUAGUAAGAGUUAUUCGGGUAAUUCUGGAGUAUAUCGACCAUAAAGUGAAAAAGUUCGACAACCCGAUAACGCGCUGCAUCAUGUGCUUCUGCAAAUGCUUCUUCUGGUGCCUGGAAAAUUUCCUGAAGUUCAUCAACAAGAAUGCGUACAUAAUGUGCGCGGUUCACGGGAAGAAUUUCUGCAGUAGUGCGCGAGAUGCGUUUUCAUUACUCAUGAGAAAUAUUGUGAGAGUGGUUGUACUCGAUAAGGUGACUGAUUUCAUCUUCUUCCUGUCCAAGUUGCUAAUUUCAAUUGGCGUUGGCUUCGCGGUAUACUAUCUCCUGCAAUGGAACUAUGUAUACGAAGUGACGCAAGGCGAACGAUUACAUUAUAACUACAUCCCAGCGAUUAUACUCAGUAUUGCCACAUAUCUUAUUUGCACCAUAUUUUUCAAUGUAUACUCAAUGGCAGUGGACACUCUAUUUCUUUGCUUUUUGGAGGAUUGCGAAAGAAACGAUGGAUCUGUUGAAAAACCAUAUGUAAUGUCCAAAAAUCUAAUGAAGAUACUGGGAAAGAGAAAUAAGCAAGCU